AUGAGCAUUAAAAGGAGCACUGGCGCUAGUCUCGAUGACUCCCAAAUUAACGGACAUAGCAUGUUCCCUAGUUUAGACAUAGCAAAAGAACAAGAAUUUGAAAGGCAAUUUUUGAGUGGAGAACUAGAGGUAGAACUGACUCCACAAGGUACAUUAGCAGAGAGAAUUAGAGCAGGCGGAGCUGGCAUUCCAGCUUUCUUUACACCAACUGGCUAUGGUACUUUAAUUCAACAAGGUGGUUCGCCUAUUAAAUAUACAAAGGAUGGAAAAAUUGAUAUUCCUAGCUCAGCUAGAUUGGUACAGCAAUUUGAUGGCAAGGAUUACAUUAUGGAAGAGGCAAUUACUGGAGAUUUUGCUUUAGUUAAAGCUUGGAAAGCAGAUAAAUAUGGCAAUUUAAUAUUCAGAAAAAGUGCUCGCAAUUUCAACCCAGCAAUGUGUAGAGCUGCAAAGGUUACAAUUGCUGAGGUUGAAGAGAUUGUGGACAGCAUUGACCCUGAUUUUAUACACAUUCCGUCCAUAUAUGUUCAUAGAGUUAUCAAAGGAGAUAAAUUUGAGAAGCGUAUAGAGAGAAGAACUGUGUCUAAACCAAUAGUACAAAAAGAGAAGAAAUCUUCAGACUUAAUGAGAGAAAGAAUCAUAAAAAGGGCAGCUUUAGAAUUUACAGAUGGCAUGCACGCUAAUCUUGGAAUUGGUAUGCCAAUGCUCGCAAGUAACUACAUACCACAAAAUGUUAAAGUCUUUUUGCAGUCUGAAAAUGGUAUUCUUGGCCUAGGUCCGUUUCCAAAAGAAGAAGAGGUUGAUGCCGAUCUAAUUAAUGCAGGAAAAGAGACAGUCACCAUACUUCCUGGUGCAUCAUUCUUUUCAUCGGACGACAGCUUCGCCAUGAUUCGCGGAGGACAUAUUGACUUAACAAUACUUGGUGCAAUGCAAGUAUCUCAAUUUGGAGAUUUGGCGAAUUGGAUGAUUCCUGGCAAAUUGGUGAAGGGAAUGGGCGGUGCUAUGGACUUGGUUUCGGCGCCUAGGACCAAGGUCGUGGUAACGAUGGAACACACGGCUAAGAAUGGAGCCCACAAGAUAUUACCAGAAUGCUCGUUACCGCUGACUGGAAAGAACUGCGUGGACAUGAUCAUCACGGAAAAGUGCGUAUUUGAAGUGGACAAAGGGAAAGGGUUAAUUUUAACUGAAUUAGCUGAGGGCGUUACGGUAGAAGAUGUAAUUGUGAGUACAGGUUGCGAAUUUACGGUGGCUUCGAAGAUAAGGAAGAUGGGUGAUGUCACUAGACCCGACGAGUUAAAAGAC